AUGACACAGUUAUUCGAGUUUGACGAUGAGCAGCUCGCGUCAAAAAUCGAAAAGCUAGACUUGGAAGAAGCUGAUGAGCCAGAGAUGCCCAAAGUUGGCGAGUUUGCCUCGUCUGACGGGGUUGGAAGCCGGCUCGCCAAGUCCUAUGAAGUGCCCAUCGACUUGCCUUAUCAAGCAGGAAAACGCAAAAAGAAGGUGACAGAUUUCCAGCCAAUCAAAGUUCUGGGCAAAGGUAGCUACGGUAAAGUCAUAUUGGUCAAGGACAAAAGUUCAGGCAAAUUGUACGCACAAAAGCAGCUCCGCAAGGCUUCCAUGAUUGUGAACGCAAAAAAUUACGAAAGAACGCUGACAGAGAGAACCAUCCUAGAGCGUGUCAGACACCCAAAUGUGGUCAAAUUGUUCUACGCCCUUCAGGAUUUUGACAAACUGUACCUCAUUCUAGAGUAUCUAGAAGGUGGGGAGUUGUUUCAUCACCUGUCGCAGGAAAGGAUCUUGUCUGAGAAAAUCGCGUGCUUUUACGUAGCCGAGAUAAUCCUUGCUCUUAGGCAUUUACAUCUGCAUACGGGCGUGAUUUAUCGUGAUCUCAAGCCAGAAAAUUGCAUGCUCAACCGACGCGGACACUUGGUCCUAACAGAUUUUGGUCUCAGCAAAGUGUCUACCGAAAGUAGUUCACUCUUUGGUACCGCUCAGUACAUCGCCCCUGAAGUUAUCCAAGGCGAACGUUACGACAGCCAAUGUGACUGGUGGUCUCUGGGAGCAGUCACGUUCGACCUACUGACAGGGUCACCGCCAUUCACCGGUAACAACAACAAGAAAAUCAUGGACAAGAUCCUGACUCAAAAAGUCAAGUAUCCAUUUUACCUUUCGCAGGACGCCAGAGACCUGCUCAUCAAGCUUCUCAACAAGAACCCGCAAAAGAGACUCAAUUGCGACAUUGAGUUCGAUAAUAAAAGAAUUUCGACGAAGAGUUCACUUCUAUGA